AUGCCAAAGCAGCAAUUUUUUAAGCAAUUAUCUAUUGAAGAAGCUCAAGAUGCUGUAAUGGAUUACGAAGAUGAUCAUUACCAAGAAUUCUAUGAUUUAUUGUUCAAUCAAUUAUUAAUUAAUAUUAAACAUAUACCAUUCGAAAGAAUGAUUCAAAAUAAUCUACGAUAUGGCAUCCCUGUACGCAACAAUAAAGAGGCACAUUCCCUCGUUUGGCUUUAUACAGCUGAUCGAACGUUCAUCGACUCAUUAACCAUCUAUUCAUUUCGUUUUGCCAAUGAUUGUAAUCCUGAAUUUUAUAGAACAUUUGAAACAAAAUCUCAUCAUCUCUUUUCACCAGUAAAAAGUAUAAGACAUAAAUACUAUGGUUGGUAUAAAUAUAUAGGACGAGAAUUAUUAGAUUAUGUAGACAAAUAUUUAAAUAUCCAAAAAGUUGUUCAAACUGAAAUUCCUCACAAAACAAAAUUAUUUAUUCAUCAAGAGCAAGAACGAAUAGAUAUACAAUUUAAUUUCUAUUCGAUCAGUGAAAGAAUAGCAAUCACUUUUGAACCUGGUUAUCCUGAAGUUCGUAGACCAUAG